AUGUAUACAGACGUACCUAAAGGGCAGUCAUCUCCUGGUAUUUUACAAUCUGGACAGCAGCCAUCAAAUGGCAUUCUGCAGAUACCACAGUUAUCAUCAUUAGCCACCCAUCUCCAUAUCCAGAAAUCAUUCCCGAAAAGGCUGAUCACUGUUGGCCUGCAAUCUUUGACUGAACAGUGCGUCAUGGCAAAUGCAUUCCCACUGAAAAAUUACCCAAACCAGAUUAUAUUUGAUGGAAAGGCAAAGAAAUCAUUUCGUGAAUAUGGUUGUUUCAAUGCUGUGGAUGUUUCAUCUGAUCACCAAGCUGGAGGUAUCAGUGAAAGUUCAGAAUUUACUUUCCAAAAGUUCCAUGGGAAGCAUGGUACAGUGAAGGAUUUUUAUGCCGUCGAUCCCAGUAUUCCGUUGCUGCCACCGCAUGGUGUUACAACAGAAGAAUACAUUUAUGAUGAUUUCUAUUACUUCAAAAAAGAUAAAAUGCCGAAAGGUGGUAGAUAUAAAUGGAGACACAAAAACAGAGCCGUGGAUCAUCUCAGUUACUUGUAUGAGGAGUACCCUGAUAUAGGAUUUGGCUCAUCACUAAAAUUGCUGAAAGCUGACUGGCCAAAACAAAAAAAAGAUAAACGAUGUAAUAAAUUCUAUACGAAACAAGCUUCGGCCAGGCUGAAUUCUUUCCUAUCUGAUUUCCUCCAUGAAAUCCCACAAGACUUGUUAUACAAUUAUGUAUUUGAAGAGUUGCAGACUGCUGCCCUCAACCUGGUGAAGGAAGCUUCACUCACUAUACAGAAAGGGAUAUUUGAGAGAUGUAACUUUCAUAAGGGGGAGGGAAGUCUGAUGUUGUUACAUGUAUGUCCAUUCAUACCUGGUGAAUGUGCAUUUGCCUUAGAGAAUGGAAAUCUGUAUUUGUGGACAGGUCAGAGGUUACAAGAUAUUGAUCAGACUACUGUGUUAUUUCCAAGUCGAGACAAGUGGGUGCACUGUCAUUUUGCUGGCCAUCCUCGGUUACUAGUAAUCACUGAUAGAACUGGUCUGCGCAUGAAAGACUGUAGGAUGACUGAUCGUCAGGUGGAAAAAAGUUUGUUUGCACUUCCAUCUCCUUGUGUAGACGUUAAUGAUCGUGUCAUGGUAACCAGGCAACACCCGAGCAACCACUUUCAUCACUACAUUGCUACCAAGCGCUCUAUGUUGCUGGUAGAUGAAAGAUUUCCUGGGAAACCGGUACUAACUUGGGAGCACCAAUUACAGUCACCACCAAUGUAUAUGGAUAUUUUGGACAAUGUGCGACCAGGUGAACAUGUAAUACUGUUAUCAACACAGAGAACAAAAGAAACACAUUGUAUUGUACAUACAAGUUCAAGUGGUGUUGCGGCACAAGGUGUUGGUUUACCAUGGCGUAUAGCACCUCCCAAUUCAUGGUUACCAUCAAUGAAAAAAAGUUGCCAGGAUGAUAGAAUAUAUCAAAUGAUGGAUAGGAGACUACAGAGCACAUUGCUUGGCAUGUGUGCAAUCAGACAUUCAAACCAAGAUGCCUUCACAGUGCUUCAGAUUACUUCAGGAGGGGACAUAGUCUAUCAAAGUUACUCUGCUUGUAAUACUGGGGAUAAAACAGCAUGUCCUGGUAUAGGGUUCAAACCAAAGAGACUACUGGGAGAAAACAAAGCAAGGUGCCAACAAUGGAUUGAUGACAUCACCGAACUACACAAAAACCAACCUGUUGAAGUUAUACAUCCUAAUCUAGCAAGAACCGAAACUUGUAAUGUGAGGCAUGCAUUUACCCGAAUGUCGAAAUGUUCUACCUCUCAUCCAUGCUGUAGACUUUGUGGACAAGAUGGAUCUGGAGAACAGGGUGAACUUACCAACUGGUGUCAGAGAUGUGGAAUUUCCACCAUAGAGGGCAGUAGACUGUUUUCUUGUUACAAAGACAACAAAGUCGUAACGAGUAGUAGAACAUUUCAACUCGCGGAGGAUGACGAUGAUAUAUAUUCGAUAGAUAAGGUGAUCAAUCUGGUCAAUCUUGAGGCAUGCAAAGAUCAAAUGAGUUCAAGACUGUGGAAUACGUGGCAUUUUGGAUAUGACAAACGUGGUAAUAUCAAGAAUACAACAGAAAUAUCAGCAACAUCAAGCUCUGGAAGUGAAUUUGAACACCCAACACCUAAGAGAAAGAAGCUAAGAAAGAAAAGACAAAGGCGGCUAAACAUCCCUGACACUACAGAGACUGAUUCUGUGCCAGCGCCUACAUUGCUGACACUAAAUCACCCCACUCAAUCCCAAUCCAUGGAUAAAUCAUUAUCCUCUCCCAGAAAAAAAAUACCUCCAGUUAAAAAGAGGAAAAUGAAACAAGUCAUGGGAUUUUAA